AUGUAUCGGCUGGGUGAUCAAGAUAUCGUCGUUUGUCGCCUGCUGCUGGGCCUGUUUGAAGCGGGUUUCUUUCCGGGCUGUGUAUAUCUCAUCUCGUGCUGGUAUACGCGGUUUGAAGUCCAGAAACGACUUGUGGCUUUCUACAGCAUCAACAUCUUGGCCAACGGCUUUGGCUCGAUUCUGGCGUACGGAUGCAUGACGCUCAGCGGUAAGAAUGGGUGGCUCGGUUGGCGAUGGAUCUUCAUCAUCAACGGCGCAAUGACCAUGUUCCUCGCCGUCCUGGGCCGUCUCUUAAUUGUCGACUUCCCAGACAAAUCAAGGCCAUUCAAGACAAGCUGGAACGCGAUCGUCACGAUUGCGAGUACGACAAGCUGA